CGCCCGAUCCAUUCAGUGCCCGCGGCUGCGCCGGGACGCCGGCUGGCGUAUCCAAUGGCGAAGGCGAGGGCGGGGCGGCUCUGACACCCUUGAGAGAAACGGAACAGAAUGGGUGAUGUAGAGAAGGGCAAGAAGAUCUUUAUUCAGAAGUGUGCACAAUGUCACACUGUUGAAAGUGGAGGCAAGCACAAGACUGGCCCAAAUCUCCAUGGAUUAUUUGGACGCAAGACUGGCCAAGCUGAAGGAUUUUCUUACACAGAUGCAAACAAAAACAAAGGUAUUAUCUGGGGCGAGGAUACGCUUGCAACUUACUUGGAGAAUCCGAAGAAAUACAUCCCAGGAACAAAAAUGAUCUUUGCAGGUCUCAAGAAGAAGACUGAGCGUGAAGACUUGAUAGCUUACCUUAAAUCUGCCACCAAGUAACUUGCAGCCACAGCAUCUGCUGCCUUAUUUAUUAAUGGGUAGAUUUGUCUCCUGAUUGAGCAACCUGGCAAAAGUGUUGCAGUCGAAUUUUUAACUGGUUUUUUUUAACCAUGUUCUUCUGUACAAGGCAUUCUCUACCACCCUGUAACACUGUUGUUCAGUUUUAAAAUUGUAAAUCACUGGUAAUCCAUUCUGUUAAGACAACAAUAAAAGGGAAAAUCACUCAUCAA